AUUUCUAUGUUAUACACUGUUUGGAUAACUAGCACGCGGAGUGAUUCAUGCAUGAUUUUGAACUAUGAACCUUAAAUUUCUCUUCUGACUUUGAAUUUGAGGAAUUUAUAUUUAACUGAACGAAAUUUGUGGAUAACUAAUUAUCAUUAUUGUUUCUCUAGUUCAAAUAAAUUUGCCAAUUCAUGGGCUAUGCCUGGUCGGAUUAUUCAAGUUGAAAAAUUAGAACUCAGUCAGUUUCAGAAAAUUUAUUGUAAAUGUCCAGCAAAAUCAAAUGUCAAUUCUAAUAACAGCAAAUACACGUCCCGUUCAGCCACCACAAUCUUGACAUUGUUCUAUUCACUAGUCAGUUUGGUAGUGAUCAGCGAUCUUAUUGCCAGUUACCUGUGUUCAUCUGUUUUGGCGUCGUCUAAUUCAGGUGUCAGCUUCAUUCAAAAUGAUUAUGAUCUAGAUAAAACAAAAUGUAUACAAUCACUUUUAGUCAAUCGACAUCAAAUUCCGGACUCAGCGUUUAAUGCUACCAGUGAAGUAGUAGAUCCGUCAGGAGCUAAACGUUAUAAUGCGCAUUCUAUUCGAAAUGAAAACACAGAUUUUGCAUGGUGUCCAGGUAAACGUAUCAGCACAGAUUGUGAUGAAUAUGUUGAAAUUGAUAUGGGUGAAUUAAAUAUCAUAACAAAAGUUGUUAUAAGUGGAUUACUCGCUGAAGGUGGAGGCAGUCGUUAUACACCAUACUUCUAUAUUCGAUAUAAACGAGAAAUUAAUGAAGAGAAUUGGAGAACCUAUCGACAACUUCGUCCAACUAUUAUUUCUCGACUUUCGGGUGGUUUAGACGCCUUAGUGCCAAAAUUUGUUGUGCUUGACCCACCGUUGAUAGCUCGAUGGAUUCGUAUCUAUCCAUAUCGUGAUACACCAGGCUUUGUAUGCAUUAGACUUGAAGCAUACGGUUGUCGUUUCUCAGAUGACCUGGUUGAAUACCGAAUCCCUGAAGGGAGUCUAGCACAUCCUCCUUAUCAAGCGGAAACUAGUUUCUAUAAAUCGCAAGGAUCAGAAGUGUUCACAAAUGAGAACUUAAAUUCUAGUCAAGCCGGUGGUGGUCUUCCAUUUUCAGAUACUUGUUAUGAUGGUCAUAGAAUUGAACCAGGAAGUCUUUUAGAUGGAGGACUUGGUUGUCUUAUUGAUUUAAAUAGUGCUAAUCGUGAUACUAUUCCAUCUAUACAACAAAAUGUUGGUGUUAGUUCAAAAGCAGAUAGUUCAAUGAAUAAUCAAUUUGUUGGUUGGCAUCGUGAUCGUUGGAAAAGUUCACAGGAUAAAAAUAAUGAUGUUGUUGAUAUGCUUUUUCGUUUUGCUUCUGUACGUAAUUUUACACGACUUCGACUUUAUAUAUCUAAUAAUUAUUUAGAAAAGAUUCGUUUACCCAGGCGACUAGAAGUCAAAUUUAGUGUAGGUGGUGUACAUUUCUCUGGUCAAUUGCCUAUUUCACGUGAAUUCAAAUUAGAGAAUCGAAGUCUAGGUGUUUUUAGUAUUAUUUUGGAUUUAUCUCAUAGAAUUGGUCAAGUUGUACAGUUGAAAGCAUUUUUCGCUGACGAUUGGUUGUUGUUUAGUGAAAUACGCUUUGAAAGUGAAAAGGUUACAACACCGAUAAAAAUUGAUGAGUUGGCUAUAUUAUCUUCAAAAUCCUUCAAUCAUCAACCUAUUAAUGAAGAAGAGGACUCGACGAAUACAAAACAUGAAUCUGAUACAAGUAAAGUGCCAUCCUCAAAUGAUACCUCUGUACUUGAUGAUUCGUCAACUCGUUUGUCAACUGUGGUUAUAUUAGUACUAGUUCUAUUAUGUUGUUUCCUUGGUUUAUUAGCUGGUGUUGCUUGCUUCUCUGUGACAUGGAUGCACCGUAAAAGACAUGAUUUAGAAAGAGAAAAACAUCAAGUUCAUAAAACAUUGUUAAUUCGUGGUGAAGAUGCUUUAAAUGUAUGUACAACAACUGGUUUACGUGGUAACGGUGAUGUCAAUCUUAUCGGGGGUGGUGGUGAUGGUGGUUAUGCAACAGUUAGACCGAAUUUGUAUCCAUUUCUAUUAUCUGCAGCUAAACCUGAGAUAGGAGUUUCAACUGUCCUACCAAAUGGUGGAUUACAAUCUUAUCAUCAAAUUGUCCUAUCAUCAAAUACCAGUACAGAAUCUCCCAAUAGUGUUUCAAAUGAAAAAAAUUCGGGUCAACAACAAUCACAGCUACGUCAGACGUCACAGUCAAAUGUUGGUAUGAUUAUUGGUCAACAGUCUAAUACAAUAGUUAAUCGUUUAUCUGGUGGCACAAUUGGUCCAAGUGAUGGUGUUACAUCAGAAACUGAAGCAUUCUGUGAUAAUAACAAUAAUAAACACAAUGAUGAUAUUGAUGAAACUCAUCCACAUCAUCGUUAUAGUUUAUCAUUAUUUAACAAUCAUCCAUACCAUCAUCAUUACCAGAUCCGGAAGCAACAUUCAUCUGUUUUAUCCUCGUUAUUAUGUAUAUCGAAAAUGAAGAAACAUCGUCGUAAACAAUGUUCAGUAAAAAUAAAUCAUAACAAUAGGACUAUUUCGCAGCUUGAUCAUACUAAUAAUAUACAUGGGAAUAUUAAUUCUAAAGAAAUCGACCAUAUUACUGCUACUACUACUACUAAUAGUAAUAAUAAUACAGAAUUUUUAAAUACUGUAAAUAAUUUCGCAAGAGUUAAUCAAUUAGUUAGCAGUCAAUCUGGUCAUAAUUUAGGAUUAUGUUCAACUGAUCUAUUAAAUGCUCAUUUACGAGGACAGACUUCUGUACAAGCGGCAAAUGGAUUACUUCAAAUUGAUUUGUCUCGAGGUCAUCCAUCAAUGCUAAUCAAUGGUCGACCAUUAAUGCGGAUUUCAGCUUCAUCUAAUCCAUCCGAUGUAACUGAUAAUUCUUGGCUUUUGCAAACCGGUUAUCACAAUAAUAAUGCAGUUUGUUGUACUUCUUCAAUGGGUAUGAAUCUAUUAAACUCAGAACCUGGUGUUUAUACAACAGUUGGCGGAGCUGAAUCAGAUGUAGAUAGUAAUGGAGCAAGUACAAUGAGUCCAGAGUAUGCAUCUACAAGUAUGUUACACGAUUAUCCCAUGUUAGCUGCUACAUUGGCUCAAUUAAAUCAACAACGGUUGGCUGCUACUCUAACACCAUCUAUGAAUGUUCAACCUAAUUUAUAUCCUUGUGCUAAUCCACUUAACACUGGCUUAUCAUCAAAUUGUUCUGUUAAUUUCAAUAUUUUAUCAAAUCCUCCAUUGAAUUCCCCAUUUAGCAAUAAUAAUAACAUCAUUAAUAAUCCCAGUACCUACGGUAAUAUUAAUUUUCAUAAGAAUAACUUUCUCACAUCAAUAAAUGCAAUUCAACAACCAUUAUUAUUCACGAAUCCCCAUUCAAUACAUGAUAUGAUGAUGAUGAUGACGACAAAGACAACAACAACAGCAACAGCGGCGAUAACAACAUCAUCAGUUACAAAACUAUUAAGUGGUAUACAAAGUUCACAGAUUGGUAAUGAUGGUAGUAACAAUCAUCAUUACGGUGUUGAAAGUGACAUUGUUCAAAAUGUAUUUCAACAGAAUAAUUAUCAGUCACAAAAUCAACAGAUAUAUGAUGCUUAUAAUUUACCGACUCCUUCAGCACCAAUUUAUUAUCCUACCGCACCUCAGAUUAUCUCAUCCACUAUAGGACAAUAUUUCCCGUGUAUUAUUACUACUACUACUACUACAGGAUUAUCAUCUAUAUCAGCAUCAUCAUCGGGGAUAGCACCUCACACAGUGUUAUCGCCAUCAUCGUCUGCAAAGAGUAAUAACGCUAUAAGUAAUACUGCUACUACUACCACUUAUAAUAAUAAUAAUCCCACAUUACUUGGAAGAGGUGGUCGUAUCAGCAAUGAAUACAAAUCUCCGAAAAGGAAUGACGUUGUAAACAUUGAACAAUCACAUAAACGAUCAGAUGGGAAUAAAUUAGAUUUCAAUGUUAAAUCUGCGUUGACAACAAACACUUGUUUAUCAAAAUCUAAUUAUCGAGUUUCUAAUCAUAAUCCAUGGAUUAAAGCAUCAAAUUCAAAUCGUUAUGGUGAAUUGGAACAAGUACAAAGAAGACAACAUGAUGAAAAUUUACUACCACCAACACCUUCUAGCCCUCCUCCACCUUUGCCACAUUCAAUGACAACACCUAAACAUCAUUAACUAAAAUAUUUGUUCAUAAUUUUAUAGUUGAAAGGGGCAGAAUUUAAUAUAGUCCUCAGUAAUCAAGGCGACUGUUUCGAUACAUGCAUAUAUAAAUAUAUAGAGUACAAAUGUAACUAUUCAUUCAUGCAUAUAUGCGCUUGUAAAUAGAAAAAAAACCCUAGAAUUUCUUCUUGGUUUUUUAUGCAUAAUAAGUAUACAUUCAAAUAUAUGAUAUUCUAUAUAAUUUAACGAGAAAUCUUUUACCUAUGUAUGUACCCUUACCGGUGGCGUGUACAAUAUUCAGUCAUCAUCAUCAUCAUUAUGUUUUUCUACGUUUCAAGAGUUAAAUCUGUCUUUCCACUAGCUCUGUCUAUAUGUUCCUAUUCGUGUUAAAUGGAUGCCGUAACCUUCGUUUUCAUUUAUCCAAAUACUUUUUUUUAAAAAAUAUUUCGAUAUGGAAUAAAACAUUGAAUCGAAAUAAUUUCUAGUUGAUUUGUAAUUCUCUUCUCAUAUUUCUUAUUUUCUGUACAUUGAACUUAUAAAAAAAAACAGAACAAACCACUGAAUCAUUAUCGUUUAUUGUUAUAAACUUUCAAAGUGUUUGCUUUCAUUCAGUUAAUUUCUGGUUUAUUUAGUUCUAUCCUAUUCUAUUAUAUCUAAAAUUAAGAAUAUUCACCGAAUCAUACUUCAAUUUUCAUCGUUUCAUGGUAACAUACAUGUUGUGGAUGAUAUUCUCAUUAUGAAUUUGAAUUCCACUCAGUUGAAUAUAUGCUUAUCUUAUUUUACCUCUAUUUUUUUCCCAGAUGGAUUAACCCAGGUUAGCAUUUCUGAUGAAGUAUGAAGUCUUCCAUAUUAUUUCUUCUACCUCUCAUCCAUUUAUUCUUUUACAUACAUAUUUUCUUUUUUGUAUUUGUUGUUUGUUUCAAUGAGUGAUUGUGUAUAGAAUCAUUGAAAUGUGUUGUGAAUUUUAAAUGGGAAUGGAAUUACAAUUUAAUUGGUCGGAUUUAUUCACUGAUUAUUCAGUUCUUCAUGUAUAUCAUUUGGCUAACUUUCAAUUAAUCUGUUAUAUAAACUAAAGAUAUUUAUGCUAAAUCUUCAGAUACAUAUCCCUAUAUAUAUAUAUAUAUAUAUAUA